CCUGGGGUGGGGGGAGGGGGGUAGUCGAAUUAUUAUUUUUACAUUUGAAAUUGAAUCUGUAUAUAUUGUACCAAAGUAUGUGUAAUACGAAAAUAAAAUAAUAAAAAUAUAUAUAUAUAUUUUUUAAAAGUGGUAUUGCCUUUCCGGGCCGGCUUCAAAUUUUUUGGCGCAAACUAUCUACAAUGGCUACAUCGAGAGGAGCGUUGAUUGUGUUUGAAGGAUGUGACAGAAGUGGGAAGACGACACAAUGUCAGAAACUACUGAAGAGACUCCAAAGUGAAGGGAUUCCAUCAGAGUUGAUUAAGUUUCCAGACCGAACAACAACGAUUGGACAAAUGAUCAACUGUUACCUUGGUAACAAGACUGAGCUGGAGGACCAUGCUGUUCAUCUUCUGUUUUCUGCAAAUAGAUGGGAGAGUGUACCAAAGAUGAAGAAGAUUUUAGACAGCGGCACUACCCUGAUUGUCGACAGAUACGCCUUCUCUGGAGUAGCAUUCACUGCAGCAAAAAAGGGUUUCACAAUAGACUGGUGUUGUCAGGCGGAUAUCGGUCUCCCGCGACCAGACACGGUCCUGUAUCUCACUCUCAGCUCAGAGGCCGCCUCAAAACGAGGCGACUUUGGCGACGAGAGAUAUGAGACUGUGGCGUUUCAGAAGCUGGUUGCACAAAACUUUGAGAAGCUCAGCAAAAUGGAUGAUUCGUGGGAGGUAAUAGAUGCAGACAGGUCAGUAGAUGAAGUGCACUCUCAAAUUUACAACAUUACAAAACGGUUGAUCGACAAAUCGAAACAUAGGCCACUUGAAACACUGUGGGAGAAGAAGAGAAAGCCAUUGAAAUCAUUAUGCAAGGGUGAAAUAGCAUGAGGAAAGACCAAAAAUCAUCAAGUGAAAUUGUACCAAAAUAAAAUCAUUAUGUAGCACG